AAGAAACUUUGAUGCGAAGCUUUUAUAUCGAGCGAAGAAGAAGCGAGAGACAUUCAAAAAGGCCGCCACGGAGGAUCGAUAUCACCGAUGGCAGCGCCCAGAGACAACCAAUCCAACCAGUUGACCUAAUAUUACCACCGGUCAUACCAGCCGCCUCCACGGAGAAACCUCGGCUAGCCACGAGACGAGAAAAUGAGAAUCCUCGCGAAGAUUUGAUAGAGUGGACGAAAGAAAAGAGCGAGGAAGCCUUCGAAUGUUCGUAAAAGCAUUGCCCGGCCGAAGAACGCUUCGUCCAUGCGUCGCCACUUGGGCGAGGAUUGCUUCCAAGAAGGCUGCGGCGACGAAACCUUUAGCGUCCGAGGUGUUGACUAGCUACCUGGUUCAAUCGAAGGAGCCACCGUGGACGUCGUAUUUCGUGAGGUACGCCGACGUGGUGAACGAUCAGAGGGGGAUGUCGCACUUCAAUUGGCCGGUGGGCGGCAGCAAUUACCACGUGCUCAGGACCGGCUGCUUUCCAUACAUCAAGUAUCACUGCACGAAGAGGCCGCGACAGGACCUCACAGCCGAGGACAAAUUUUUCAAGGCGAUCAAGCUUCUGAACCUUGGCAUACCAACGUUGAUGUACGGGCUGGCAGCGACUUUAUUGAUCAGGCAUCGAGAGAUCGUGAAAACGGCCAGGGGAGACGUGGUGAUCCAUUUCCUGCUGCCCGAGGACAAGGGAUCCUUGUAUUGAGAUAUAUGUAUAUAUGUAUAUAUCCUUG